UUUGUCCCAAGGUGGGGGAAGGGCUGUGCAGGUAGUUGGGGGAAGGGUACCCCCCAGCAGCUGCCUCCCCAGUCCCCGUGCUCUGAGUGUACCAGGUGGAGUGCUACCAUUGGCGGUAGGACACAGCAGUGGUCCUCAAGCCCUGGGUUCAGGCAGAGGUGGUGGGGAAAGAGGCCGAGAGUGGCCAUCCUUCAGCCUACAUGUGACCUUCCACAGCGUCCCAAGAGUUAGCAAGGUCCCAGGGACAGAAGACCAUAGGGAUUCACAGGCCCCGCAUGCCUUGCUCCGCACUCUUUCUGCUCCUGCUCCUGCUGCCUCCUCACAAUGUUAAAUCUAGGAGCCUCCGAUACCAUGGCCCUGGCUGGAAACUAUUCCCCCGCCUGGGCAAGGGCUUCAGAACUUACAACCAACGCCAGAUCCAACACAUGAGGCAAAACUUGCGCCAGGGUCGAGCGGAAGAGGACUGCCAGGGUAUUUUCGACCUCUACUUCGUCCUGGACAAGUCAGGCUCUGUGGCCAAACACUGGAAGGACGUUUAUUCAUUUAUGGAGAAUUUGGUGAAGAAAUUUCAGAACUCUAAACUGCGGAUGUCCUUCAUUACCUACUCAACAGAUGCUGACAUUCUCAUGCCACUCACCUCAGACAGAGAAACAAUCGACGAUGGCCUUUUCAGACUCCAGAAAUUGGUGCCUGAAGGACGUUCAUACAUGCAGAAAGGAUUUAUGAAGGCGAAUGAACAGAUCAGAAAUGCCACCUUGGGAGGCAACAGUGUCAACAGCGUGAUUAUUGCUCUGACUGACGGGCCAUUGAUGAUACACUCGUACAAGGAGACCCUGGAAGAGGCCAACAAAGCUCGGAGAAUGGGAGCAAUCGUUUACACCGUGGGUGUGCAUGAGUAUAACAAACAGCAGAUAAUCGAGAUUGCAGACAGCCCAAAUAACAGUUUUGGGGUCGACAACGGGUUCCCUGCUCUGCAGGACAUCAUUGACAUGCUCGUUUCCAAGUCCUGUACUGAAGUACUAUCCGUGCAGCCUUCCAAGGUGUGUGUAAAAGACUCCUACAAAGUAAACAUUAGCGGACAUGGGUUUGACAACGCGAAAGCCCUGAGCCAAGUUCUUUGCAGAUUCACGUUCAGUGACUCCAGAAUCGUUGAUGAAGCCCCCAUUGACAAGAAUGAGAACACUAUAUCCUGUCCUGGACCAAAGAUACUGCAUACUGGAGAGGAAGUCUUUCUUGAAGUCAGUCUGAACAAUGGCCUCUCCUUCAUUGGGAACAAACUCAUCAUAACUGGUAACAGCUGUGGGAAUACUGAGGGAGACGCACUCAGCGGCAGCAGGAGUGGUUCCAUACCCAGCCAGCUGCAGCAGGAAGACCCAGGCCUGGUCCCAGUUGACACAAAGCAAGCCGACACAAAGCAAGCUGACACAAACGACACAAAGCAAGCCGACACGAACGACACAAAGAAACAAGUCGACACAAACGACACAAAGAAACAAGCCGCCGUCCCGGUCUCCAGGGCAAUCAACAAGCCGUCAAAAGACAGUAUCAACUUCGACUGGAACUUGCUCCUCUUAAUCCCGGUCUUGCUGGUGGCUGUCCUGCUGCUGCUGUGCUGCUCUUGGAAGUUGUGCCGCAGGAAGCCUAAGAAGCCGCCACCACCUGCACCACCGUCGGAGAAGGUGAGUUGUGUAGGGGAAGAGGGUGACACUGUCACACUAACCUUCAAGAGGCAUCAUCAAGCCCGAGCUCAGAAUCCCUCGCUACUUUGGCAUUUCCCAUUCUCUUCACAGUCUCCAGGCCAGGCUUCUACUGUCAAGAGUGGCCUCGAGAGAACCAAGAGCACAGAAGAGCCAGAAGAAGAGGAGCGGCCCCCUCCUUCUACAUCACCACCUGCUCCUCAUGCCCAUCCUCCUCCAGCUGUCAACCCAAACCCUACUGUGAUCGUUGCCUGCUGUGGCUGUGGGAACAGAAGGGUGCAGGGAAGCCUGGACACAUGCUACAACUACUUUCAACCAAGCUGCCACCAGAUGCCAGUGAUGUGGUGUCAUCCCAAGGUCCAGGGGCGAUGCGCCAACUUCACUGUCAUGAAUCCCGGCUGCUCACCGGCCUCCUGCAGCCCAAAGAUUUGCCUCAGUCCCAAUAGAAACUGUUUCCAUCUCACACAAGCACCGUGCACCUCAAGGCUUGUUCUUCAACCCAACGGGGAGUGUUUCAGCAUCCCACAGGCAUCCUGCAGCUCAAAGAUCUGCCUGGGAAACAGCAGAGAAUGUAUCCCUGUUACACAGACUCUGUGCUCAAAGAUGUGCCUACCAAAUCAGAAGUACUACGCUAUCAACUAUCCACAGUCCCCAUGCCCAACCGGGUGUACCGGGUCUCCCUCCAGGAUGCUACCUCUGCUCACUCCCCACACCCGCCAAUCUGUAGAAUCCCUUUGUCACACCCACCCUCGUCGCCCAUCCUCUAAAGGACAAAAUUUCUAAGUUUAA